AUGUAUAAAGUUAAACAUUUAACAGAAUCUUUAGAGGCCAAAGAACUAAAUGUGUGUGAUGCAGCAGUUUUAAUAAAAAGUACGAUUUCAUCAUUGCAAAAAAUUAGAUCGGAAACAGAAAACAUGAACAAUUUGAUAAACAGCGCUAAAAUUACAGCUCAAUCAUUUGGAGUUGAUUCAGAGACAGACUUUAAUCAUUAUCACAGAAAGCGACCUAAGCGACUUGAUGAAAAUAUUGACAAUAGUGUUCUUUAUGAGUUGUUAAAUGUUUACAGACAACAUUUUAAUUUAGUUUUAGAUACACUGAUUAAUUUAACAAGUUCAAAUUUAAAUGUUUUUGUUGAAACUAUUCAACCCAUAUAUAAAAUAUUAAGUGUUCCAUUGAAAGUGAACACAUCACAAGAUUUCAGUGAAGCCUUUUCUCUUUUCCCACCUAUGAGUGUUGGAGCCAAGCUCUUAGAUUAUGAUACAGCUGCAGCAGAAUGGGAAAUACUGGGACACCUAUGUGUUAAUGAAAAUUUAAAAUGUUUAGAUGUCCUUCAAAAAUCGGAAGAAGUAAAACACAUAUUACCUUGGGCUAUUUGGUUUUGCCGCCUUUCAUUUACUUCUCCAGUUACAGCAGCUUCUAGUGAACGGACUUUUAGUAAGUUGAAACAUAUAAAACAUAAUUUACGUUCUACAAUUACUUCAAACCGUCUUAGCUCGUUGAUGAUAUUGAGUUGUGAAAAAGAUAUUGUCGAUAAAUUAGAUAUAGAUUCUGUUGUCACAAAAUGGUCUUUGCCAAACAAAGAAGAAUACAAUUACAUAAUUAUAUAUAAUUUAUAA